GCCAAGUUGUUAAGAGAAUGCCUGAAUGGGUGGUGUGUGUUCAUGGAGAUCACGAGGAGUAGACCAGGUCAACGUUGACUCGAUCUUGGAUCGCGUGAUAAGCCAGGCAAGCAACCAAGAUGAUUGUUUGCUCUAUCGUCUAGCAAAUUACAAGAAGGGGGGUGAAUUGAUAGAGGCAUAUAAUUUGGGCGGUCAGCUGGAAGUGGAGAAGUUGAUGAGAGAACAGUUUGGUAUAUUGAUGUAUGGCGAUGGUAAAGGGCAGUUAAUCAAUCGUGCCGAAUACUUACGUUGGAAAUUUCGCGAUAGGGAAGAAGUGAUAUUACCGAUAGAAGCAUCCUUGGUACGUUUUGAUCCUUUGGCAAAGUGGAAAGAUCACGAAGCAUGCUGGCAAAUGCAAUAUCGCGGAUCCCUGGGAGAAAGUUUAUUACACGUACUGAUAAUAUGCGACACCAGGAUGCAUACCAGAAUCGCUAGGAUUCUACUAAAGUGUUUUCCAAGAUUGUCCAUUGACGUGGUAGAAGGUGAAGAAUAUCUCGGUGCCAGUCCGCUUCAUCUUGCCAUUGUUUAUAACAAUAAUGAACUGAUACAGGAUCUGGUAGAUGCCGGUGCUAUCGUUUCUCAACGUGCCAUAGGUAGCUUUUUCCUUCCUAAAGAUCAACAAAGAUCAAAUCCAGCGAGGAAUACCGAUUACGAGGGUCUCGCUUAUCUCGGCGAAUACCCACUUGCUUGGGCUGCUUGCUGCGCUAACGAGAGCGCCUAUAAUCUUUUGCUCGAUGUCGGUGCCGAUCCUGACAAACAGGAUUCUUUUGGUAACAUGAUAUUGCAUAUGGUCGUUGUUUGCGACAAACUGGACAUGUUCGGGUAUGCUCUACGACAUCCGAAGCUUCCAGCUCGCAAUGGGAUUCUAAAUACCGCUGGUCUGUCCCCGUUGACACUAGCCUGCCAGCUGGGACGUGCUGAGGUCUUUCGAGAGAUGCUGGAACUGUCAGCACGAGAGUUCUGGCGUUACAGUAAUAUCACCUGUUCGGCGUACCCUCUUAAUGCACUCGACACGAUCCUGCCCGACGGUGGAACAAACUGGAACUCCGCCCUAUUCAUCAUCCUGAAUGGUACGAAGGAGGAGCAUUUGAACAUGCUGGACGGCGGUAUUAUUCAGCGAUUACUCGAGGAAAAAUGGAAGACCUUUGCCCGAUUACAGUUCUUGAAACAUUUGAUAAUCCUGGCCUUCCAUUUGACAUCACUGUCCCUGGCGAUUUACCUGCGACCUGCCGAGUUGGAUGCUGUUCUUUUAAAAUGGCCGGAGGAGAUAACGGAGAUGGCACGCAUAGCGGCUGAGUGUAUCACCAUAGCCGGAGUAUUCAACUACAUUUUCCUUCAGCAAGGCGGUGAAAUGAUGAACGUUGGCUUGCUAUCCUUUUUCAAGCAACUGACGCACGAGCCGGCAAAAUUGAUCUUUUUCAUCAGUAAUUUGCUCAUUGUUGCCUGCAUACCAUUCCGUUUCUUUGGUAAUCGUGACGCCGAGGAUGCCAUCUUGAUUGUCGCCGUGCCUACUUCUUGGUUUCUUCUCAUGUUUUUCGCCGGAGCUAUUCGACUUACCGGACCAUUCGUCACGAUGAUAUAUAGCAUGAUAACAGGAGAUAUGCUUACGUUUGGUAUCAUUUAUGCCGUCGUUCUAUUCGGAUUCUCUCAAUCGUUCUACUUUCUUUAUAAGGGCUUUCCCGGUGUCAAAUCAUCCCUAUAUCAUUCUUAUCAUUCUACUUGGAUGGCAUUGCUUCAAAUAACUCUCGGUGAUUAUAACUACACCGAUUUGAGUUAUACGACGUAUCCUAAUCUCAGCAAAACGGUGUUCGCCAUAUUCAUGGUACUGGUACCGAUAUUACUACUCAAUAUGUUGAUAGCCAUGAUGGGUAAUACGUAUGCUCACGUGAUCGAGCAGAGUGAAAAAGAAUGGGUAAAACAAUGGGCAAAAAUAGUGGUAUCGUUGGAGCGUGCAGUAUCCCAAGACGAUGCGAAAAAUUAUCUACAAGAAUACAGCAUAAAGUUAGGUCCGAGUAACGAUCCGAAUAAUCCAACGUACGAAGAGAGAGGUGUAUUAAUAAUCAAGAGUAAAUCAAAAACGAGAGCUAAGCAACGUAAGGGUGCAGUCUCUAAUUGGAAGCGCGUUGGAAAAGUCACGAUAAACGCGCUGAAGAAACGAGGCAUGACUGGUGAGGAAUUGCGACAAAUAAUGUGGGGACGGGAAUCCUUUUCAACGCCUAUACGAGUUAGUGCAAACGUCGGCGGUAACACCGAAGUUUCCGCAUUGACCGCUGGCUUUGGUGACGCACUCACCGCAGCUCUGGACGUGAUGGCCUUCGCUCAUGAUUUGAAUCUCCCUGUGGAUACCACCGAGAGAAUACCUGACGGCAACGUGAACGAGGAACAACAGGCUAAGAUGCAAUCAGAAGUCACUAGUAAUUGUCAGAGUGUGCCUUCAACGAAUGUUCGAGAGAAUUGUCAAGUAGAACUUGCAAGUUCAACCAAAUUAACUGAACUUACUAUAGAUUUCAUUGAGAAACCCGUUGAACCCAUAACAAAUGUUCCCAUUGAAUCGAAGCUGUCGAAAGAAGAAGAUCCGUUUUUGAAAUUGAUUAUAGCAUCAGAGUUGACGAAUGAUCAAGAAUUGCUUCCAAAAUUAGCCAAAGAUGUGUUGGAGGUUGCCGAAAAAUCAGUAAAUAUAGAGACGGACGUACGAUCGAAGUCACAAAUUUUAGAAGGCUUAGCUAUAAUCAUGAUACCCACGACCGUCGAAACUUUUCUGCCGAAAAAGCAAUACUUUGUUGAAUCUAGUGACAAUGAUCUUUGCGCUAAUGAAAAAACGUUAGGAACGGAGUCCUAUCUACGAAGAAUCAGGUCGGCGAACAACAGAUUUAUGAAGAGUAGAAAAAAAUCUGGACGCAAGCCUGCCAACGGCAGUUCGUCGUCGUCGUCGUCGUCGUCGUCGUCGUCGUCGUCGUUGUCGGUUAAGGUGCCGGCAUCGUUGUCAUCGUCGACGUCGACGUCGACGUCGACGUACGUCGACAAGAAUAUUAUCGGUUAUGGGUCUUUGCUGAAUGGCCCGGAAGAGGAACCAACGAAGCGUAUCCUGAACAAAGAUCGUAAGAAGUCUGUCGAAACAAUUAAGGACGAGGUCGAGCAAAAUGGUGGUACUCGCAAUCCGUUACAGGAUAAGCCACAGAAACGACGGCCGAAGACAGCUAGGAAUAGAGUAUCACCCAAGGAGGAGCCAGCGAGGGAAAGAGAAUCGAUUGAGCGAAAUAAGGUGCCUUUAGAAACGACAACGACGACGACGACGGAUCCGUUGGAGCCAUGGAGCACGCGUGGUAUUAAGGACAUGAACGCCAUAUUGGCUUGGAAGGAAAAUACGCCGGACAGUCCUUAAUGUGACUUUAUGAUACUGAGGUUGCACGUACUAUAGUCUCCGCCUUACACACUCGCACACAGUAGUAGCCUGAUUGCAUCGACGAAAAGACUGCUUUCGCUUGACUCAAAAGUUUACACGCCCGAAGAAAUUGGGAUUUAAAGAGGACCGAAGGAAGAGACUUAAUGGGUGCGAGAGAGAUAAAAGACUACGGUGGUGGUCUAUCUGCAAGAAAUUCAUUUAGAAAGAAGAAAGGCAAAAAUAUUUCUAUCCUUUUUUGUUACGUUAUUAUUUAUUGCUUUUUUAUUAACGUUCAUAAUCUGUUUUUUAUUAGUCGCCCAAGUUUCUCACUAAUUUAUCAACCGGCACUCAAUGAACCUGAAAUUGCAAAUUUCUAUAUCUGACUAUUCAUGGGAUCAAAGGAAAAAGAAGAAGAAGAAUAAUAAUAAUAAUAAUAAUAUAAAGGUAGAAAUCAAUAUUAUAUCUCAAGAUUAGUAGAAUUAAUAGAAGAAGACCAACUCCCUAGCAAGUGACAAUAAUGUUACGAUCAUUAUAUGUUACCAACAAUGGUUCAUAUGGGUAUCGAGAAAAUGUAAACUCUAACAAAACACAGUAAUUUUGCAUAAACAUACAUACAUACAUGCGUAUAUACAUAUAUGGCUUUUGCGUACAAAGAAUAUUUGCAAGGAAAUCUGUAAUAGUAGAUUUUAAAAGGGCUUUAGAUUUGAACUACACCCUUUGGGGGUUUAUAUCAAUUAGACAAUUAAAAGUUGAUGCGUAUAAAGGAGUGGAGAAUUCUAAAGAGAGAGAGCGAGGAGGAAGAAAUAAGAUGACGUAGCAAUUACUGCGCUCAUGUGGUAAUUUUAUUAAUUCUGAUAAACUAUAUUAAUAUCUUUCAUAUCUUUUUCUGUUCUUACGGAAUAAGUGAAACGAGUAAGUGUCGUAUAAAGAUAAGAAAGUAGCCAUCUGCAGAGUUGUUGAGAUUACUAGCGGGAUUAAAUUUGUAUCGCCGAUAAACAACUUUCAUUUAAAAGCUUUUAUCUGGUCGGUUCCUUUGAUUUCUUUGUACUUCGAUGAACGUAUGUACGUAUGUACGUACGUACGUAUGUAUGUAUGUAUGUAUGUAUGUAUGUAUGUAUGUAUGGAGACUGUGUCCAUCUCUUUCUACAAGAAUGGCAUUUGACAAAGGACCCAGAAAAGGUGGAGGAAGAGGGGAUGAAAAGAGCGUAAACGAUUCGAGGCAGGCUCCGACCACGGACAACGAGAUUCUCACUCGAUCAAUGAAGAAACUUCCAAACGAACGGGAAUUAUACUCUCUCUCUCUCUCUCUCUCUCCCCCCGCCGCCAGUGAGUUUCCUCUGAAACUUCAUUUAAUGAACUUUCGACUUACUUAUACGGAAUUUGAGAGAGAGAGAGAGAGAGAGAGAGAGAAAGAGUUGGGGUGACACGUCAGUAAGCGACUCUUGGAGCCAAUCGCGUAUAGCAGAAGCAUUCGCGAUGAAUUCACGUAGUAUCGUAGGAAAGUAAGAAAGUUGCUAUAUAGGGAGUUUGUCGGGAUUAGUUGCGGGAUAAAAAUUUGUGCACCUUCGAUCAAGAAGUUUUGUGAUUUUUAAUAAUGAAAUGAAACUUUGAUUUUUUCAUGUA